GAGGGGAGCCCGGCCCUAGCCCCGGCCUUAGCCCCGGCGCUGCAGUGAGCACCGGAGCGGGAGCGCGACCCCAUCCUCUGCCUGCUACAGGAGAAGCCAUGAGCCCCGAGGAGAAGCCGCCACCCGGCCGCUCCCCCGAUGACCGGGCACCGCCGCCACCUCAGCCCGCUCCCGGCCGAGGCCGGCGGCGAGGCGGCUUCCUGACGGAGAUCCGCACGCCCAUCCGCACCGAGCCCUUCCAGGAGCGGUACAGCCUCAGCCCCGGCAGGGAGCUCGGCAGGGGCAAGUUUGCCGUGGUGAAGAAGUGUAUCCAGAAAGACACUGAAAGAGAGUUUGCAGCAAAGUUCAUGAGAAAAAGAAGAAAGGGCCAAGACUGUCGGAUGGAAAUAAUCCAUGAGAUUGCAGUCCUUGAGCUGGCACAAUGCAACCUGUGGGUCAUCAACUUGCACGAGGUUUAUGAAACUGCAACAGAGAUGAUUUUAGUCCUGGAAUAUGCUGCUGGAGGUGAAAUCUUUGACCAGUGUGUGGCUGAAAGAGAGGAAGCCUUCAAAGAAAAGGAUGUUAAACGGCUUAUGAAGCAGAUCUUAGAAGGAGUUUCAUUCCUGCACAGAAACAAUGUGGUUCAUCUGGACCUAAAGCCCCAAAAUAUUCUACUAACCAGUAAGUCUCCUCUGGGAGACAUUAAGAUAGUGGACUUUGGCCUUUCCAGAAUAAUGAAGAGCAGUGAGGAACUAAGAGAAAUCAUGGGAACUCCAGAAUAUGUAGCUCCUGAAAUUCUGAGUUACGACCCCAUCAGUACCGCAACUGACAUGUGGAGCAUUGGAGUGCUGGCGUAUGUUAUGCUAACAGGGAUCUCCCCUUUCUUAGGGGAUGAUAAACAAGAAACAUUCUUAAAUAUAUCUCAGAUGAAUGUAAGUUACUCUGGAGAAGACUUUGACCUCAUAUCAGAGUCAGCCGUGGAUUUCAUCAAAACUCUGCUGGUUAAGAAACCCGAGGACCGGGCAACUGCUGAAGAAUGUCUUCAACACCCAUGGUUAGAACAGAGUGAUAAUCCUGCUUGCAGAGCCAGGAAUGAGAGUACAGGAGGGGAGACCAGCGAUGUCACCCAGAAAGAUGCAGAUUCUGCCUCUGAAAAUUCAGUUGAUGCUGAGAAGAAUGAAGAGGAGGAAUCAGUAGUGACAGAAGAACUGAUUGUAGUGGCUUCAUAUACACUGGGACAAUGUAGGCAGUCAGAGAAAGAAAAAGCAACUGAGCAGAAAGCCAUUUCCAAACGAUUUAAAUUUGAGGAACCAUUACUGCAAGAAAUACCAGGAGAAUUCAUUUACUGAAGUCUGGAGCUCCAUAGCUGUAACUGGAAGGCAGUGAUUCCUCCUAAACAAAAAUAUCCUAGCCAAGUGAAUUUCUGAUAUGCAAUAACUAUUCUAGAUUUAAAAAAAAAGUCGAUAAAUGGCAUUAAGGGAAAAUGUGCCAAGCUUUUAAUUCCAUGGAGCAGAUAAGAUUUCAAGUGGCUGACAGGAAUUUAACCAAGAUAAAAAGCUUAUUUUUGUUUGUAACUUUUAUUUCUGUUUUUGUUGCUGGAUAGCAGAGUUUUUGUUAAUUGUUCCAGUGUUCUGGGGAAGUUGUCUUUGGAAAUGUUUCAGUGACGGAUGUCAAAAGGAGUAUUUUAGGUUAUGUUUUGGCAUUUAAUGCAAAUAUAUAAUGCUGGGUUUUCCUCAAAAGCCUCUUAGCACUCCUGACUUCAGUGGAAUUACCUACUGAUCUAAAAAUGUUGUAUGAGAAGAGAAUCUGAUCAACUGGUUUGACAUACAGAGUUCAGAGUUAUACUGUGUAUAUCUUUCUGUUUACAUCAAGUCACAGACCCAAACUCAUCUGAUGUAUAGCCCGACAGUGAGCUGCUUUUUUCUAGGGAGAGAUGCACAUGUCCCACAGGUAAAGAAAUCUGUAUCUGGGAACAAUUUCAGAUCACAGUGGUGAUACUCCCCUAUAUGGGAGCACAGUAAAAUCCUGCUCCAGAGGGUGAUGAAUUUGCUUCAGUCACUCUUGAGAGCCAGCAGAGAUAGUUCCCCUUCCCUCCUGUGUUGGGUGAGAUGUGCUGAUAGAAUCCAGCUCAGUGUGACUGUACAGCGUUGAGAAGUGGAAAAAUGAACGACAAAGGGUCUGAUACAGCAUUGAAGUUCUCUCCCCUGACUUCGCCAUGUUAGAUCAGGCAGUUUGUCCAACUAAGGAUAAAUCAGUCCUUGAUUCCACCUCCCCCAGAACCCAGCUGGGGAUUUACUGGGAGUAUGAGGUCACUUCUGCCUUAUUUCUCUUCCUCUGACUGCUGCUUUAAGGAAGAAAGAAGCAUCCAUAGGCUAAAUUGCAUAACCUUGUUCAAUAUAGCUAUAAGAUGGGGAAGAAGGUGCUGCCACUUCCUCUGAAACAAUGAAGCACAAUUCAUGCCUCAUGCUUUCCCUUAGAGACUUGGAAAAACAGCAUGUGUAUGAUGGGGCAGAGUGGGAUUAGGGAGCUGUAUGGAUGGGUCAUAGUUCUCAAUGGACAUGGUCCCGCAGAGGACAAAGCUGGGACCAACUGGGCAUCAAAAUUGACUGGUUUUUGCAAUGUACAGGUCUGAGGAUCUCAGGCUAAGUCCUAGUUUUCUAAGAAAUCUUUCAUAUUGAUGCUGUUCCAAAGUUUAAGUUUUAUGUAAUUGAAGUUUAGUACUAUUAUAUUGCAUACUGUUAACUAUUCAACUAUUUAUUUGGUUUCCUUAUGCUGUUCCUUUAUAAUAAACCCUGACAAAAGUUUUCUUGCUAUAAAACAAUGAAUAGAAACUCUUAACCUAGUUCUUCUUUUAUUUCCAUGUUGCUACAGACUUUCCUAAUUUCAGAUGUACUGAGGCUGUCCUUACUCUUUUUAGUGAACAGGAGUUCAGGGCUCUGUGCUGAUAUUACAGUCCCUCCUCCACACAAAAGGUAAAUGGCUUAGUGCUGGGGUCAUCUGAUCAGCAUUGCUAAGGGUGGGAGAAAAGCACUAGUAAAAAAGAAAGCUAUGUGACACGGAGGGAGGCAAUAAGCAUUUUUCUAUGAGGCUUCAUUUCUUGAAGCCACAUCAGAAAACUUGCACUUAAAUUGAACUGUUAAAUCAGGCUUCUUCCCCUAUGCAAUUACAUAUUGAAUAUUCAUGUAGGGAGGGCAGCUUCUCACCUUUUGAAGACCUUCAUAUAAGAAAACAUCCACUAGUACUCCCAGUUGAGCUUGGAUGUAUUGUAUGUCAGAAUGCAGCGAUGCCUUUCACACUCUGGAGAAACGAGUUACGUGCUGUUACUUCCCUGCUGUAGGCAGUAACCUACAGACUCCUGCUGAGAAGCUCCUGUGCAAGGUUUUCUUGGAUGGCUUUGGCUGGCCACUAACGUUAGACAAGUUAAAUCCCUGAGCCAACAGAGUAGCUAUUACCUGGGUGUUUCUGGAGGUGGGCAGUAGCUGCAUUGCUGCGUGUUUGCUGACCCUACCAACAAUGCUGAUCUCUCUCAGACUUCUUAGGCACAACAGUACUUGUGAUGGGUGUCUUUUUACUGCUCAGUCACUUGCCAAGGCAGUUUGCUUGGGUGAGGGGACACUAACUUACGAAAUCCUGUUGUGCAGUAGAGUUUCUCCCAGCUUCCAUCACUGCCACUUUGACUUCUUUUUUCCAUAUCCAUACUUCCUUGCUUUUACAAAGUUGAGCAAAGCACUGAGGUUGAAGCAGGCUUACAUCCACCCUUGCAAAACAACACUGUCAUUCCCACAUACCCAAACGUGUAACAGCACACGAUUGCUUACAGCAAAUCAUUUGAGGGAUAUAUAGCUAUUUCAAUUCCUAUUUGUAACCACAGAUGAUGUCUUGGGUGGGGGCUAGUACUGGUGAAACAGAGUAGAUGCUGAGCAGCAUACAUUUUGUGCUAUAUUUGCUGGUAUUGAUGUAUGACAAUGAAGCUUAACAUGUAUAAAUGAACUAUGUAUUACAAGGCCAGCUUCUCUUGAAUUGGCUGCUUUGAGAUUUCCAGUGGGCUGCGUUUGUUUAACUUUUUGUGCCUUAAGAUGGUUUUAUACAGUGUUUUUUAACAUUGUUGAGAAUUUGUAUAAAGUUGUGAAAGUUUGAUAGUAUAAAUUAUACACAGGGCAUCUUCAAUUGGGCCUGUAAUAGGAAAAAACUUUCUGUAACAUUUAACUGCAGGACUAUCAGCCAGUCCCACACGCUUGAAGCUGUUUCUGUUCCACUGUGAGUGUGGGUGAAGCUGUAAAUAAGGUAUUCUGUUGAGAAGGGGCUCUAGAGGUUAAUGGUUUUGAGACGCUUUGUUACGAGUGAAGUAACAUGCCAAGACUGGGAACAAAUCAGUAGCUUGGGAAGAAGAGCUGGUUUUCUGCAGCUCCAUGAAUACAGAAGAUUGCGUGUACAUACGUGUCUCAUCUGAAAGCUGCUUAUGCCUUAAUUUAUGGGAAGGGUGGGAAGGGAGUGGGUGCAGGGAAGGAAUCCACCCCCUGGACCUCACAGGCAAUGCUCUCUGUCCCUGCUCUCACCUGCUGGCUGCAUUCCUAGCACUGGGAGCAUGGUACCGGUUUGCUUGAAUGCAGGAAGCUGUAAGGAAUGGCAGUGCCAGUGUUCUUAAAAGUUGCUGGAGAAUUGUUACUUCUAUGGUUCUGAUGUGUGUGAGAGACAUGAACACUGUAGGCAGGGUAAGCCCAGGACUCUGCCCCUGUUGCAGUUGCUGGAAUAAACAGCUAGUUAAAAGCAAAGCCUUGUCUCCUCUUGUCCUGUUGCUACGUUUACCUCUUUAAGCAGGAGACAAUAGAUUUUAUAGUCAUUAAAUUAAAGCUCUAUAAAAUAAUCUUUUUUGCCCAAAGCUGAAUUUGCAUUGUGAUUUGUCGCAUUUCUUACACCUUUCAUUUGAGGGCCCCUACAUACAAAAAGGUACGUGCCAGGUUGUGAUCAACCUCUUGAGAGCUAACAUGUAGGAAAUGCGACUAAAAAUCAACUGCCCAUUCUCCACUGGUGGUGCUGGCAGGGGACAGGGAGCAAGGUGGACUCUGCACUGAGCUAUUCCAUGGCUUAAGAUCUCUCUUGAGUAUUCCAGGUGGUGUUCCUGGAGGACAGCUCAGUGUUUUAAAAUGCCAGUUCACUGUACUUCUGAUAAGGUGUUUACUGUUGCAGGAACUUCACAAUAAAUGAAAGCUUGUUUUCUGAA